CCUAAUAAACGGCAGGAAGUAUUUUCCGCUGGAAUGCGAGUAAAAUAGCCACAGAAGCUAAUUCUGGGUGUUUGUUUCUCGGGAGAGGCAAAAACCCAACACGCAGACACAAAUUCUCUCUCUCUCUCUCUCUCUCUCUCGGAUGAAACAGGACCUAAACCCUUCAACUAUACGACCUCCUCUUUACAGAUGAGAGAUGAAGAAACCUCGGAAUAUAUCCUUAAAUGUCAAAUGCCGAACCAACGACAACAACAACAACUGCAGUAAUAGCAAGAAGAGGAAGAGCUUCUACGAGCUCUCUCUCUCUCUAAUCUUCUCUCUUUGGUGCCUUAUCUUUUUGUUCUACUCUAGACUAGGCCUUAGCCAUGGAAAUGAAGGCGCUAUACUUCCUGAUAACAGAAGUGCAGUUUCUCCUAGUUUUAGCAACAGUCAACUCUGUGACCAUGUAUAUACAUAUGCUGAAAAUAGUAGCAAGAAUCGAACAAAAGGAAUGCAUUCAGAGUUUAAUCUCUCUACAAGCCGCAAUAAUACCAGUUUCCAUCACAGCAAUGCAUCUUCGAAGUGCUUACUUCCAAAAUCAAAUAGAAUAGAAGAAGUAGUUUGGGGCCUUUUAGGAUAUGGUGCUUUAAUGUGUGAAGUAUCACUACCAAAAGAAAAACGGAAGUCACUUGAAACAGAACAGCUUCUGAAUGGGAGAACUCUUCAGCCAACCUAUCUCAAUUUUGAUGAGUUCAGGAAUAUAACAAGGCAAGAAAAAGAUCAGAAUACAUCUAAUCAGCUCGUUAACAUCACCCACCGGCUUGAACCUGAUGGAACAGAGUAUAACUAUGCAUCUGCAUCUAAGGGUGCAAAGGUGGUGGCUCAUAAUAAGGAAGCUAAAGGAGCAAGUAACAUAUUGGGCAAGGAUCAUGACAAGUACCUGAGAAAUCCUUGUUCUGUAGGAGGAAAGUUUGUUGUAAUUGAGCUUGCUGAUGAGACUCUGGUUGAUGCUGUCAAAAUUGCUAAUUUUGAACACUAUUCUUCUAAUUUCAAGGAAUUUGAGUUAUCGGGUAGUUUAACCUAUCCUACUGAAAUUUGGUCCCCAUUAGGAAACUUUGUUGCUGCUAACGUCAAGCAUGCUCAAACCUUUAAGCUUCCUGAGCCCAAAUGGGUAAGAUACUUGAAGCUAACUUUGCUCAGUCAUUAUGGAUCAGAGUUUUACUGUACACUAAGUGUUGUAGAGGUAUAUGGUGUCGAUGCAAUCGAGCGAAUGCUUGAAGAUCUUAUUGUGGCGUCUGCAGAACCUGUUACAAACAAAUUACCAGAGCCUAAUUCAACUGUAAUGCCUGCUUUAAAACCAGAUGUUGCACUUGUUGAUAAAACUGCUGAAGUUCAAACUGGGAUUCAAACUGCUGGUGUAGGGACAGAAAAUGUUGAUGAUGCACAACAACACAAUUUGGCUGUAACUAAAAGUCCAGUUGCUAUAAGCAAGAUUCCUGAUCCUGUUAUGGAAGUUAGACAGCAAGCAAAUGGUAGAAUUCCUAGUGACACUGUCCUGAAGAUUUUGAUGCAGAAGGUGAGGUCACUUGAGUUGAACCUGUCUGUUCUGGAGGAUUAUAUCAAAGAAUUGAAUAGGCGACAUGGAGAUGUUUUGCCAGAACUUAAUAGUGAGCUACUGAGAAUAUCAUUGCUUCUGGAGAAAUGCAAAACCGAGAUAAAAGAUCUCUUGGAGUUGAAGGAGAUUCUGGUAAAGAAAGUUGCCAACCUUGAAUCUUGGAAAGCUGAUGUAAUAAGUCAGUUGGAUCUCCUAGUCAAAGAAAAUACCUUGUUGAGAUUAGAGGUUGAAAAGGUAGUAAAUGACCAAGCAAAUCUGGAGAGUAAGGAGCUUGCUGUAUUAGCGGUUAGUCUGUUCUUCAUGUGUUUUGCAGUUCUCAAGCUAAUUGCGGAACAAGUUCUGAGUUUUUUCAGAGCCCCUCAGACUGAUAAGGCAUGCAGAACAAGUAGAGGUUGGGUGUUGAUGCUUGUUAGCAGCAGUAUGACAAUAUUCCUUACCUUCAUCUACCACUAGUCCACCUUUCUCUCUCUCUUUUUUUUUUUUUUAAUAUUCUUUUUUGUAGUAGUAGUAGUAGUAGUAGGCAACCAGAUCUUUGGUACAAAGAGAAUUGGUGUUGUAGGAAAGAGAAAAUACGUGUUUGUUUGUAGAAGUGAAUUUUCAAUCAUACCAAUCAUUGUGACUAGCAAUGUCACCAAAAAAUCAUUGUAACUAACAAUGUUGGAUGGAUUACUAUUUUCAUGGAAAGUAAGAAAAUUGAUUUGGCAGA